UUGUGUCAAGAUGGAGGACUGUGUAUCAAGUAAACAUUACAGCUGACAAGGGUCAUAGAGAUGUAUUCCUCUCACCCUCACUGUGGCUGGAUUUUCUAAUACCCAUCUUCAUCACCGGAAAGGUCCUGUAAUAUGUACUGACGGCCUGGAAACAGGAGAGAAACUGCACAAGACUUUUUUAAACACAAAGAAGCAUCUUUGGGUUGACUAGUUAAAUGCUUGUCCAUCUCCAAGUGCCUUAUUUCGAGGAACGGUUUUUCUGGUUACAAGUUUAUGUAAUGAUUAGCACUGCUAAAAGAUUGAUGAGGGCUUCCAUACCGAAUAUUUUUCACAGAUGUCUAUUUUUGGAUGAUCUAGCUACUAUUGAAAGUGUGACGUGAGAAGUUGACUUAUUUCAGAGGUGUGAAAUAGCGGGGAUUACUUCUCCCCUCCGCAUGCUGGCUUCAAAGUUUAUUUAUUGUGUAUUUUGACUCAAGUUUUCAAGGAGUGCUGUAUUCAGUUCCAUGACAAUGAAGGGAAAAAUUGUGACCCACGCAAAGCUGCAAUACUACAGGCACAACUAUUGUCUAGUGUGCAUGACGGGACUGCUGGGGUGCCGAUGGCAUCGCUACCAGCAGUCUACCAGAGACAGCAGGAAGAGAGAUCUUGCCAGUUUCGCUGUUCUUGUCUCCGCCUUCCUCUACACAGUAUUUUUCUUUUACUUUUGGCUUGUCAUCAGCAAUGACAACUACUACAUAACUGUACUGAUGUACCACAAACUGGGCUAUUACAUUCCAUGGUACCCGCUGGCCCUGGGACUCUCAAGCCUUGUGUUCGCUUACCUCACAGUCAUCAUGGCGUUGUGCAUGUGUCACACGUGGCAUGGUCAUCAGCUGUACAGUCAUCCCGUGCACCUGGUCCUGGUGUCGCUGGUGCUGACCGGCUGUGUGGUGGUCAGUGUCCUCCUAUCGAUUUACCUGCCCCGAGAGUGGACGCUGCUCUAUUUGUCCUUACAGCUGUACAGUCAUCCCGUGCACCUGGUCCUGGUGUCGCUGGUGCUGACCGGCUGUGUGGUGGUCAGUGUCCUCCUCUCGAUUUACCUGCCCCGAGAGUGGACGCUGCUCUAUUUGUCCUUACAGGUAGGUGUGGGUCUGCACGUGUGUGCAUGA